UGUCAGUUUUGUGCUAUAUGUCUAUCCACAGUUCCAGACUUCAGUUCGAUACUUUGUUGUAUGCAACUAAAUCAAAUAACAGCACUUUGCUCAUUCUCUCUGUGUGCAGUGUACUCCUGUACUUUUGUACUACCAUCUUCCUAGUUGAGUUUCCUUGGCUGGUAAUCCUGAGUAGCAAUAUAAUGGCGGAAAUGCUCGGUUCUGUGGUUGCGGAGGAGACACUGAAGCAGGUGAUGUCCGUUCUGAUCGGCAAGCAGAGCGAGACGGCGGAGCAGCACGUGGAGAGGCUGGAGAUGGCGCAGAUCAAGCUGGAGGCGGCGAUCGAGACAUCCCGCGGAUGGCACAUCAGGGACGCGUCGCUGCUACGCUGGCGGAGGAAGCUGAAGCGCGCGGCGCAGGAGUGCGACGACACGCUGCGCCAGUGCAAGCAGCGCGCCGUGGAAGAUGAAGCCAGGGAGCAGGAGGUGCGCGGCGCCUCCUUCCCCAGGCGCCUGGCCCACGCCGCCAAGUCGCUCUUCCGCCGCGACGGCAGCCUUGCUGCUUCCAGCGCGGCCGCCGUCCGAAGGUUCGAGUGGCUCGCCGGCGGCGCCGGCGAGUUCCUGAGGUUCGUGGAGCUCGGCGGCACGCCGCGCCGGUACGCGUUCGUGGACCCUCUCAUCGGGCACCUCCUCGCCGGCCAGGAGCUACGGUACAUGAUCGUCCGGAGAAGCCAGUACUAUUUCUUCUGCGUGCGCCCCAUUCGCCUGGAGGACGACGACCGCGGGGUGGAAGCCAGCCUCCUGUUCGUGUACGAAGACGACGAGGCGCCGGAGAAGAACCUCUGCCUGGGUUCCGUACUACGCCUCUGAGCCUCUCUGAGAGCACCGACCUAGUCGGGACCAUCGUCAAGUGCUUGGAGCUGCUGAUGGUCACUCCUCAUUUCAAGCCCACGGCUGAAGCCUUAGGCUGACCACAGCGGAGGGAGCAAGAGCAAAUUUGCUCCCUCCUCGUUUCCCACGUCCUUUCUGUCUACAGUGCCAAACAGUGCAUCUACAGUGCCAAUCAGUGUAUUUGCUUCUUCAUUUGCUCCCUCCACUGUGGACGGUCUAAGAAACUCGCCCAUCUGCCAACUCAAGACUUCUCGUGGGUGCCGUAUGUCGAGUCCAGCCACAAGGAUCACUGGAAUAGCAUGCACAGCAGCCUGGCCCAGUGGUUUCGCCCAGACCCGCUGUGCUGCAGGCAGCAUGAGCCCAAGCCCUCCUAUGGUGGAAGCAGCAGCAGCAGUAGCAGCACCAUGAAACUGUCAGAUGUGGCUCAUCUAGAACCAGUCAUCGAAGUGUCCCUGCAGCGCCUCAUCCCACUGUCCGAGUACAACAAGCACAGGAGCAACGCUGUUGAAGGCGAUAACAGUUGCCUCAAGAACGUGCCGUAUCUAAAGAUGGGGCUCCUCCUCGCCCCCCAUGCACAGCUCGAGAACUGGGCAUGAGUACCGA